UUUCGCUUGUCAACGGCAGAAACGACUUGUGAGACUCAGCGAGAAGAGCUAAGGAAUAUUGCAAACCCAAGCGACAUUUGGAUUAUACUUUUGAUCAAUCACGAACUGGAUUUAAGCAUUUCUGAAGCUUCUUUGGAAACGUGUUGGAUUAUUUAGAAAGCAAAAUGACCCUGGAAGAACUCGUUGGAUGCAACAUUACUGAUAAAAAAAUGGACACAGUGAGCCAAGCAUUAGAAGAGCUGCUGGUUGCAGCACAGAGACAGGACUGUCUGACAGUCGGUGUUUAUGAAUCUGCAAAACUUAUGAAUGUAGAUCCAGACUGUGUAGUAUUGUGCGUACUGGCGACCGAUGAAGAAGAUCUAGACGAUAUCGCGCUGCAGAUUCACUUCACGCUCCUGCAAGCCUUCUGCUGCGACAACGACAUCAACAUCCUGCGGGUGUCCGGUCUGAGGCGCCUCGCGCAGGUGCUCGGCGAGCCCAGCACAGUUGAUAACAGCGAGCCGAGAGACUUCCACUGCAUCCUGGUCACUAAUUCUCAAUGCCAACCACUGAAGUGCCAGGCGUUGAAAGACGUGGGCAACUACUGCGUAGAGAGCCGCUGCAAAAACCAAUGGAUCCCUUAUCUGUCCCUGCAAGAGCGCUGAACAAUGUGCACAGCUGUCAUGAAAGGAUGAACGAGUCUUUCACUGAGAAAGAAAAGAAAAGAAUACGGGCUCGGCACCGGCCGCCGUUGACUAAUGCGUCACGUAACGGGGCUGAGAGAGAGAGAGAGAUAGUGGAUCUCUUGCUGUGCUAACGGUACAUUCCACCCUGCCUCGUGUCCUCCGUGGGGGAAAAGUGGUCGUUUUGGUAGCGGAGGAACCCGAGCUGUAGGAACAUGAACUGUACGGGACUGCCCGUCGGCGCAAGCUGUGAUGGAGAACUUGCAUGCGGGUGGCGUGGGCGCGCGCGCCCCCCGGUUUCAUACGUGCAAUGGGAUGGAAAGCGAGUGCACGUCAGCGUGUUGAUGGUUCAAUAUCGCUGAGUGUGGGACUAACGUGCUUUGGAAAUGAAUGUUCCGUUUACGUACUGGACAAAUAUGAACUGCAGUAGCAAUAUGCCUAUACAGUAUAUGCUACACGUGGACUUUAUUGCACAGAGAUAUACAGUGUUUGCAAAACAAAAUGAAUUCAGCUAUUGUUAUGCAUACUAUUCAUUGUUGUAACUUAUUUACAGUAAUUUAAAUAUAGAGUAAUAUAUGCAUUUAUGCUCUUGUCAAAUGCAACAUUGUUUCAAUAAAUUAUUGAUUGAGAAUUGGA